AAAAAUGUGAUUCCAUAAAAUAAUAAUUUUUGUAUUUGUUACUUUAACUUAAUAAAAAAUGAAUUAUAUUUUGAGACGAGAGAAAUAAUAAUUUUUAAGGUCACAUUUAAUAGACAUUGUUGUGAAGUAAACAAUAUAGGAAGUGCAAAUUGUAAAGAAACGGCCGAAAAAGAGGGGGCUCCAUCCAAGCCUAAUGAUGUAACCCAUAUGAUGAAGCUAAAAAAGCCAGCCAGUCCACAGUGGGUGACCCCCUCUCUCCUUGCCUUUGUUGAAAAGUGUUCCUUCAGCAGGUUUUUGGAACAACGCUCUCACUCACUCCCAAAACAGUACUCCUUUUUACUCACUCUCACCUCUUCCCCCCCUCUUCCUUCCUACUGGACUCGCACUGCAUUACUCAUAACUCCAAAGCCAAAAUAAAAUUGGAGGAUUAAUUACUACAGUGUGUGUCUGUGUGUCACUGUGUGAGUGUGUGAGAGCGUAGUAAAAAAAAAAAAAAAAAUCUCUUUUCCCCUCUUUCAUUGCAUUAAAGUGUUUGUCUUUGCGCCUGUCCUCCUCUGUGUGUCACAAAACAAAACCAAAAAAAAAAAAAAAAAAUAACCUUCUGAAAAAGAGUGCGCCGCGGAGGUGGCGCAACCUUAUGUCAAUAUCCCAUUCCUCCGAUAUUCCACCUCUGCUAACCUGCUCUCCUCUCGGUGCGCACUUUUAUGUAUCUGCAUAAUCACCCUGAAUCCCCUGUUUUUCCCCAUUUUAGCCCAUGGCCGUCGCUAAAGUUGUUUUCUUGCUUCUGUUUAUCUCCACCCGCUGCUUGUUUUGCGCCGCCGGCGAUGCCGAAACGCAGGCCGAGAUCCGAGCACUCGCGGCUAUCAAAGCUGUUUUACAUGACCCUUUGGGCGCGUUAGACGGGUGGGAGCCGUCGACCCCUUCGGCUCCCUGCGACUGGCGUGGGGUAUUGUGCUACAACGGCCAAGUUAGGGAGCUCCGGCUGCCUCGCCUCCAGCUCAGCGGCCCGCUCAGCCCACAAAUUUCUAGCUUGCGUAUGCUUCGUAAGCUCAGCAUUCGUUCCAAUUCCUUCAAUGGUACCAUCCCAUCUUCUCUCUCAAAAUGUGUGCUUUUGCACUCUCUGUUCCUGCAGUACAAUUCGUUUUCUGGCGACCUGCCGCCGGAAAUUUCAAACCUCACGAACCUUCACAUACUUAACCUCGCUGGGAACCGUCUUUCCGGUGGAAUCCCCGGUGACCUACCCAGUAACCUCCGUUACUUCGACCUCUCCUCCAACUCAUUCUCCGGUGAGAUACCCGGAAGCCUCUCGAAUGUUACACAGAUCCAGCUCAUUAAUUUAUCCUACAAUCAUUUCUCCGGCGAGAUUCCGGUGACUCUGGGAGAGCUUCAACAGCUGGAGUACCUCUGGCUGGACUACAACAACUUGCAAGGCACAUUGCCGUCGGCGGUGGCGAACUGUUCCUCCCUUGUGCACUUUAGCGCCGAAGGCAAUGCCAUUUCAGGCGUAAUGCCCCAAGCUAUCGGCGCUCUUCCUAAGCUUUCUGUGAUUUCCUUGUCACAUAACAAUCUCUCGGGUUUGUUGCCAGUUUCUUUAUUUUGCAAUGUGUCUAUCUAUUCUCCUUCCAUUAGAAAUGUUCAGCUGGGGUUUAAUGAAUUCACUGGUAUAGCUUCUGCUGGGCCCACUAAUUGUUUCAGUGUUUUGGAGGUUUUGGACCUUCAAGGCAAUAGAAUUAGUGGUAAAUUUCCUCCAUUUUUGCUGAAUGUUACCACUUUAACUGCAUUGGAUGUGUCUGGGAAUGAUUUUUCGGGUUCUAUACCUGGAGAGAUUGGGAACUUACAAAGAUUGGAGGAGUUGAGGAUGGUUAACAAUUCAUUUGAUGGUGAAAUCCCGUCUGGCCUAACCAACUGUAGAAAUUUGAAGGCUUUGGAUCUUGAAGGAAAUCAGUUGACCGGCGAAAUUCCUCCAUUUUUAAGUGAGUUAAAUGGAUUAAGGAUUUUAUCUCUUGGUGGAAAUAGGUUCACGGGUCCAAUUCGUCCCAGUUUGGGUAAUCUAACUCAGCUGGAAUCUCUUAAUUUAAGAGAUAAUGGCUUGAACGGAAGUUUGCCUGAGGAAUUACUUCAACUGAGCAAUUUGAGUAUGUUGAAUUUGGCUGGCAACAAAUUGUCUGGAAGCUUAUCUACCAAUUUUAGGAAUUUAAUGCAGCUUUCUGUACUAAAUUUGAGUGGGAAUAGUUUUUCUGGAGCUAUUCCAGCAAGUAUUGGAAGUCUGUAUAAGUUGACCUCUAUUGAUUUAAGCAAGCAGAAUCUAUCAGGGGAAUUGCCUGUUGAUCUCGUGGGUUUGCCUAAUUUACAAGUGAUUGCACUGCAGGAGAAUAGGUUAUCUGGUGAUGUUCCUGAAGGUUUCAGCAGCUUAAUGGGAUUGCGGUACUUAAAUCUUUCUUCCAAUGUAUUUUCUGGGAAUAUAUCAUCCACAUUUGGGUUCCUUAAGUCUCUGGCUGUUCUGUCAUUGUCCAACAAUCAUCUCUCUGGCCUAGUUCCACCGGAGUUAGGGAAUUGUUCUGCUCUUGAAAUUCUGGAUUUACACUCCAAUUCUCUCAGUGGGCAAAUCCCUACUGAUCUCUCUGGACUGUCACAUUUAGCUGUGCUUGAUUUGAGUAGGAACAAUCUCACAGGUGAAAUUCCAGUAGACAUUUCGAAUUGCUCAUCUCUGAAUUCUCUUUUAUUAGAGGGAAAUCAUCUUUCUGGUCAUAUUCCUGACUCAUUGUCAAAGUUAUCAAAUUUGACAACUCUCAAUCUCUCCUCAAACAAUUUGACUGGAGAUAUACCUGCAAAUCUGACUCUCAUUCCGGCUCUGAUGAAUCUCAAUGUUUCGAACAACAAUUUAGAAGGUGAAAUUCCUGAAUUGGUAGGUUCGAGGUUUAAUAGCUCUUCAAGUUUCACGGGUAAUGAAGCUUUGUGUGGGCAGCCAUUGGAUAAAAAAUGUGAGGAAGCGGACAAGGGUGAUAGGAAGAACAGGCUAAUCAUGUUUAUUGCUGUGGCUGCAAGUGGUACUUUGUUGGUGUUAUCUUGCUGUUGUUUCUAUGUUUACAGUCUCUUGAGGUGGCGGCAGAAACUCAAACAAGGGGCAACUGCCGAAAAGAAGCAUAGUCCAGCAAGAGCCAGCACUAGAACAAGUGGUGGCCGUGGCAGUUCAGAGAAUGGAGGUCCAAAACUAGUAAUGUUCAACAACAAGAUCACGUUGGCAGAAACGAUUGAAGCAACCAGGCAGUUUGACGAGGAAAAUGUGCUGAGUAGGACUCGAUACGGGGUGUUGUAUAAGGCAUGCUACAAUGAUGGAAUGGUGCUCUCAAUUCGCAGGCUUCCAGAUGGAUCAUUAAGUGAGAACAUGUUCAGAAAAGAAGCUGAAUCACUUGGCAAAGUGAAGCACCGGAACCUAACAGUCCUCCGUGGAUACUAUGCUGGCCCUCCUGAUGUCAGGCUUCUAGCCUUCGACUACAUGCCCAAUGGCAAUCUAGCCACAUUGCUCCAAGAAGCAUCCCACCAGGAUGGUCAUGUCCUAAAUUGGCCUAUGCGGCAUCUCAUUGCACUUGGAAUCGCUCGGGGGCUUGCCUUCCUUCACUCAUCCUCAAUCGUUCAUGGAGAUGUCAAACCACAGAACAUUCUCUUCGAUGCAGACUUCGAAGCUCAUUUAUCAGAUUUCGGCCUAGACAAGCUCACUAUCGCGACCCCAGCAGAGGCCUCAACUUCGACUACAGUAGGAACUCUAGGUUACAUAUCACCAGAGGCAGCAUUAACAGGCCUCACCACUAGAGAAUCCGAUGUUUACAGCUUUGGCAUUGUGUUGCUAGAGCUACUCACAGGGAAGAGGCCAUUGAUGUUCACUCAAGACGAAGACAUUGUGAAAUGGGUGAAGAGGCAACUACAAAGAGGGCAGAUUUCGGAACUCUUAGAACCAGGGUUGCUUGAGCUGGAUCCAGAAUCAUCAGAAUGGGAAGAAUUCUUGCUAGGAAUAAAAGUGGGAUUGCUUUGCACAGCACCAGACCCUCUAGACCGACCCACCAUGGCUGACGUCGUGUUUAUGCUGGAAGGAUGCCGAGUUGGCCCUGAUAUGCCCUCAUCAGCUGACCCCACUUCACAACCUUCCCCUGCUUGAAGAGUAGAACCAAAAAAACUCCAUCAUCCAGUUAUUUUUUUUGUUUUUUUUCCUUUCUUUCCAUUAGUAGAUUAAAAAUUUUUUCGGGCGGGAGGCAAAACAAGAAAAAGAAAAAUUGUAACAAUGUGGGGGUAGAUUUAGCAUUAUCCAUGGUUUGUUUCAUUGCUGUUAGACAUUCUGAAAUCUUCAAUAUUUUUCGAUAUUGAGAAUUCUUUGGUGUAAUUUUUAUAAGUCAUGAAUGAAGCUUCCUCCUCCUAAAGCCUAUUACUAGUUUGUAUGGUCUCGGUCAUGCAAGAAGGCCGGGAUUUUGUUCGGACCACCGGGAAAGUGAUGUGUAAACUGAAAACUAUAUAUAUAAAGAUCCUCUUCCUUUUUUCCCCC